AUGUGGCCAAAAGUCCCAAGUGGGCAAACACUCGAGGAAAGGGAAAAGUUGGAAUUCUGCCUUCCUUCCGAGACUAAUUACGACAUCACCAUAGCUGCUUCAUGCCCCAGAGUGGUCUGUCCGUCUCUCUCUCUAAGUCCAGAAUUAACCUUGAAAGCAGACUGGCAUCAUACCUCCAAGAAAGAAUUCCACAUAAAGGAGAAUCAGAGGGAUCAAUCAGACGUUCAAAGAGGCAAGAAAAAGCAGUUCAUGUAUAAUCCAGGGUUGAGUAUCUAUGAAUACAUAUCGCCAGCAUCAUCAAUCACGGACGUAAAGUCACCAGGGCCCCGCCUGAGAUGGGCGGGAAAGCAUGAGGCGCGGCUAGGUCUCGCGCUGGCCAUCCUCCAUUUUGGGAAGCGUGGCUUCGGCGAGCCCGAGGGAGCUUACCGGGAAGGGCCAAGUUCCUCCGGUUGGCGCUGGGCUGUGCCGACGCUCCCAGCAGCUCUCUGGGAAAGCCGCUUCGCCGGUGGCGGCGAGAGGGAAAGGUCGCCGCCCCUGCCGCGUCCGGCCGAGGUGAGGAGCCGCCCUCACUGCCGCCCUCGCCCUGGCGGAGCGGGAGGCGCCGCCCGUCGGGGCCGCUCCCGCCUGAGGAUAGGGAGAGGCGCCGCCCUCGCGCCUGCUCUGCGCGCCCCCCUCGUGGGAGGGGAGGGAGGCGGCCUCCGCGGCUGUCCCGAGGAACCAGGUGAAAAGCUUUGUGCCGGCUGCCGUGUAGUCACUCUUUUCUUCCGGGCUGCGGUCCUUCUUUGGGCGCUGCUCUGGGAAAAGUUUGAGAGGAGAACAUGCUUUAUCUCAGUGACUGUGAGGCGAGGGAGCAGGAGCAACCCUGCGUCUGUUUUUAGGAUUGGCACUGCUGCCUUGGCAGUUCAGGUGGUUGGUAGCAACUGGCCCAAGCCACAUUAUACGUUGCUGGUUACGGGCCUCUGCCGAUUCCAGAUCCUGCAGUUGCUGAAAGAGAAGCCGUAUCCUGUUGCUGAAGUUGAACAAUUAGAUCGACUUGAGCAGUUUACUAAUCAGCAUAAAUCUGAGGAGGAGCUUGGAGAGCUGUCAGAACAAUUCUACAAGUAUGCAGUGCAGUUGGUAGAGAUGCUGGAUAUGUCCGUUCCUGCAGUUGCAAAGCUAAGACGUCUUUUGGACAAUCUGCCUAGAGAAGCUUUGCCAGAUAUAUUGACUUCCAUCAUCCGUACAUCCAACCAAGAGAAGCUUCAGAUUUUAGAUGCUGUUAGGCUGGAAGAACGGUUCAAGAUGACAAUACCAUUGCUUGUUAGACAGAUUGAAGGCCUGAAGCUGCUUCAGAAAACAAGAAAGCCCAAACAGGAUGAUGAUAAAAGGGUUGUAGCUAUUCGUCCUAAUAGAAGAAUCAAUCACAUUCCAAGCACUGCAGAAGAUGAGGAGGAAGAAGAAGAUCAUGAUGAUGUUGUCAUGCUGGAAAAAAAGAUUAGAACAUCCAGUAUGUCAGAACAAGCUCUUAAAGUUUGUCUUAAGGAAAUAAAGAGAUUAAAGAAGAUGCCUCAGUCGAUGCCAGAAUAUGCUUUGACAAGAAAUUACUUGGAACUGAUGGUAGAAUUGCCGUGGAACAAGAGUACAAAAGAUCGCCUUGAAAUUCGUGCAGCUCGAAUUCUUUUGGAUAAUGAUCAUUAUGCUAUGGAGAAGUUGAAGAAGAGAGUUUUGGAGUACUUGGCUGUCCGACAGCUUAAAAACAACCUCAAGGGACCCAUUCUUUGUUUUGUGGGGCCCCCAGGAGUUGGUAAAACUAGUGUUGGAAGAUCAAUUGCAAAGACCUUGGGUCGAGAAUUUCACAGAAUUGCUUUAGGAGGAGUCUGUGAUCAGUCUGAUAUUCGAGGCCACAGGCGCACCUAUGUUGGCAGUAUGCCUGGCAGAAUAAUCAAUGGACUGAAGACUGUUGGGGUUAACAAUCCAGUGUUCCUGUUAGAUGAGGUUGAUAAACUGGGGAAGAGCUUGCAGGGGGAUCCUGCAGCAGCCUUGCUUGAGGUCUUGGAUCCAGAACAAAAUCACAGUUUCACCGAUCACUACUUAAAUGUAGCCUUUGAUCUGUCCCAAGUCCUUUUUAUAGCUACAGCCAACACUACAGCUACUAUCCCUCCUGCUCUGCUGGACAGAAUGGAAAUUAUUCAAGUUCCAGGAUACACACAAGAAGAAAAAAUUGAAAUUGCACAUAGACACUUGAUUCCUAAACAGCUUGAACAACAUGGCCUGACUCCACAGCAAAUACAGAUUCCACAAGUAACCACUUUGGACAUAAUUACCAGAUACACUAGAGAGGCAGGAGUCCGCUCUCUGGAUCGGAAGCUGGGAGCUAUUUGCAGAGCAGUGGCGGUAAAAGUGGCAGAAGGACAGCACAAAGAAACAAAGCCAGAUCGAGCUGAAGCGGGUGAAGGAGAAGAUUGCAAAGAGCAUGUCACAGAAGAUGCAAAACCAGAAGCCAUCAGUGAAACAGCUGACCUGGCUCUGCCACCUGAAAUGCCGAUUUUAAUUGAUUUCCAUGCUUUAAAAGAUAUCCUGGGUCCACCCAUGUAUGAAAUGGAGGUGUCUGAACGCCUAAGUCAGCCAGGAGUAGCCAUAGGCUUGGCUUGGACGCCCCUAGGGGGAGAGAUCAUGUUUGUAGAAGCGAGUCGCAUGGAUGGGGAAGGUCAGCUUACUUUGACGGGUCAGCUCGGAGAUGUUAUGAAGGAGUCGGCACAUCUUGCAAUCAGCUGGUUGCGCAGCAAUGCAAAGAGAUAUCAGCUAACCAACGCUUCUGGAAGUUUUGAUCUCCUUGACAACACUGACAUCCAUCUGCACUUCCCAGCUGGAGCUGUCACAAAAGAUGGACCAUCUGCGGGUGUUACCAUAGUAACCUGUCUUGCCUCACUCUUCAGUGGGCGGCUGGUGUGCUCAGAUGUAGCCAUGACAGGAGAAAUUACACUAAGAGGCCUUGUUCUUCCAGUUGGGGGAAUUAAAGACAAAGUCCUGGCAGCACACCGAGCUGGACUGAAGAGAAUCAUCAUUCCUCGAAGAAAUGAGAAAGAUCUUGAAGAAAUCGCAGUGAAUGUACGGCAAGAUCUGACUUUUGUUAUGGCGAGCUGCCUCGAUGAAGUUCUUAAUGCAGCGUUUGAUGGAGGAUUUGCAGUUAAGCCCAGGGUUGAGCGAUUGAAUAGUAAACUUUAAGCAGACAGGCUGAGCUGACUUGGGUAUCAAAUUUGAGAGCGCACUAAUUAUCAGCUCUAAUAUGUAGCAAGUAUAACUAUGAGCUAAACUUGAUUGUUUAAACGUGGGUGUAAAUGCAAUCAAAAUAAAAAUAUUAUGUCAGCAGUUAACAACCUGAAACCACACUUUACAGGCAUUUGCCGAUUUUUACUAUCAUCAGCAAGGAAUCUUGAAAAAAAAUACCUAUUUCCUGAUAGAUCCAAGCAUGAGAAAGCUCAAGCUGUUGAGAAGGAACUCCUUAGCGUACGGGGCACGUAGGUGUAUAAAUGUCAGCAGGCGAUUACAGCUUUGAAGAGGACACACCCGCCAACGGGGAACAGGACGCAAUUCUGUGAGCUGUAUUCAGAGGACACAAACUGCAGCACAGGUGGUGCAGCACAGGAGUGGAGUAGAUGGGGCUGUUACCAACAAGCAAACUGAUUUAGCGCAAGAGUGUACUUAGGAAUUAACAUUCAAUAUGCUAAGGAGCAGUAGCACCACAGGAAGAAUAAGGGAUUCAAACAGAAGCCGUGUGGUCUAGAGUAAGCGAGCAAGUCCUUUCAGCACUCGGCUGUAGGUUGCAGUGAGGUCAGUGCAGGCGUCAUUUUGCACACCUAGGUCCAGGAAGCAGCUCGGGCAGAAUUGCAGUGUCCCGUUCCUGUGUAGGAAGGGGGCUGAUGCGCCGAUGGCCAGGGACGCAGGGUUGUACUUGCAGCACCAGCAGUGGGUGGCGCAUGCGUGGAGACUCCAUGAAGAAGCCUGCUCACGUUCCGGAGGGACAAAGUACGCACGCUUCGUUCUUACCUGAUACAAAUCAACUUGAUUGUGGGAUGCCUAAGUUCUGAGUUUAGCCUAUAAAAACUAAAUCCAUUUAAGUAAUGCUAAGAAAAAUACUGGAGCAUUAAAUUGCAUUAGGUACUGCACUAGGUAUGUGAAUAUUUAAGGUUUAAGGAAGUCUGUCAGUGUCCCACCUCAGUCAAUAGCUUUGUCUCUUACCUUCUCUUGAAUGUUAGUGAAGCUAGAAAUUUAAACUCACAUAAUGCAAGAUCUGUGAGUUUUUCAAUGUUUUAUACUAGGGUCAACCACGAGAGAAAACCCAGUAUGGAACAUUCUCUUCUUGCUUGUUAAUUCUAAAACAAACGCAAGUGCGCUUAUGAAAUGCAAAUUGUCUCUGCGACAAAAGCCUGCUAUUGAAGCAGCCUAUAAAUCAAAAGUAAUAGUUUGGUUUGCUUUCAUUUCCAUAGACAGAAAGCUGAUUUACCUGCAACAUAAUAGCACUGACAGUAAUAAAUCCAGGGGGUAUUUCUGCUCCUGAUUUGCAAAAGAUGUUACAACUUUCACAGAAGACUUCAUCUAAUAAAAUGAUAAAAAUAAAAACUGCUUUUGUUUCACUAUUUUAAGAAUUCUACUUAAGUCAUUCACUAGCCAAGUUCCAAGGCGAAGAGGCAACAAACACAGGGUCUGGGAAUACUUUC